AGGCGAGGCUGCUGCGGAAACACAAAACUGAAGCACGGUGCCUCACACAUCAUUCAAGGCAUGUCCUCAAGUCGGUGUAACGCAUUUUUUGCCGGUUGGUGCGAACACUCGGAGCUGGUGUCCCGCCCGACGAACCUUUAACCGACUGCUGUAGGGAGUAAAAGAGAGAUUUGACCGAGAAGACACGCCGCGACACCGGGAUUUAUCCGAUUUGGAGAGAAUUGAAGGACGCGACGGUGGAGUUCAUGGUCUUAAAGGACUCCUUACAUGCGAUGAAAGACAUGGACCCCUUCAGCGAGCGAGGGCCGUCGGACUUCGAUCUCAUCGAGGAACUCAUCAUAGAGGACGGGGACCAGCCACUUGUCCCCCUCCCUUUACCUUUUCCCCCUCCCGCUGACCUCCUCACCCAGGUUGCGCGCAGCCAUCACACCAGGAUGCACCGACAGAGCUCCCCGCAGUCAUCACAGCCGGUGCUGGUGGCGAGAGGCACCGCACACCCGCCUACCUGCACCUUCCCUCCGUCCCUGCUGCGGUUGAACGACUCCAGUGAGAUGGCGUCGGCUCCGUCCUCCCGGGCUGCCACCUCUCAAGCCAACCACUCUCGCCAUAAUCAGGGCUCGUGUUUGCCGACCUCCAGGAGCUCCGGCGGUGUUUCCUCUCAGAACCGGGGCGACAUCGAGAUGCUGGAGCGGAUUCUAGAGAAGCCCAAACUGGUGGUGGUGGAGGAGCCCAAGGACAGAUGCAUGAGGUUUCGGUAUGAGUGUGAAGGACGGUCAGCCGGCAGCAUCCUGGGGGUGUCCAGCACUGAAACCAACAAGACUCAGCCUGCGAUAGAGAUUCAGGGUCCCAUUGACCACAUAAAGAGAGUCACAGUCACCGUUUCCCUGGUGACCAAAGACCUCCCACACCGGCCUCACCCCCACUGCCUUGUGGGUAAAGACUGCCCGACUGGUUCAGGAAUCUGUGUGGUCACGUUCAACCCUCACAGCAACCGGCGUCACAGCUUUGCUAACCUUGGCAUCCAGUGUGUGAGGCGGAAAGAGCUUGACCUUUCGCUUCAGAAAAGAAGAAGCCAAAAUAUCGACCCCUUUCAAACUGGUCACUCAAAGGGCAUUGAAGACCUGGACAUGAAUGCGGUGCGUCUGUGUUUCCAGUGUGACCUUGAGUGGGAGGAUGGCAGAAAGGACAGUCUAAGCCCAGUAGUGUCCAGUACGAUCUAUGACAAGAAGGCCACGACUACAUCACAGCUGAAGAUCACCUGUUUGAACCAGUACAGAGGGCCCUGCACCGGCAAGACAGAGAUCUACAUGUUGUGUGACAAAGUGCAGAAAGAUGACAUAGAGAUCAGAUUUAGACGAGGGUCGUGGAAGGCAAAUGGGGAGUUUGCACAGACAGACGUGCACCGGCAGAUCGCCAUCGUGUUUAAGACUCCGCCCUACCAGGACCGGAACAUCACAGAGGAGGUAGAAGUCAGCAUCGUGCUGCGUCGCAUCUCAGACCAGAUGGAGAGCGAGCCUGUUACCUUCACGUACCUGCCACACAACCCAGAUCCAUAUGAGGUAAAGCGGAAGAGUAAGAUAAAGAGGGACAUCAGCUUCAGAGAGAAACCUUGUUUGACAGCUGAGUGCACACCCGCAGCAGAGCAGCCCUUCCACUUCCCGCAGCCUCAAACCAUGAUGUCUCCAGACAAGAGGCUCUGUGCUGCCCAGCCCGUGGCCACUGCUCCGGGGGAGGUGUGUUACAACGCGCCGCAGGACCGCAUCGAUGACGCGACCCUCCUUAAUCAGCUGCUAGAAUUUCCUGCCUUAUGGGAAGCGAUUUCCGACCCGAACCUCGACAUGUCCUGUGACUUUGAGGAGGAGCCCGACGGCAGCUCCACGUUUGCCAACAUGGACAUGAACUUUAACCACAACUUUGGCUCAUACACUCAGGACUUUUCCCAGUACAGCGACUUGCAGUUCAACAUGCUUGUGAAUGAGAAUCAGACUCCGCAGUCAGAGCCACAGGACAGCCUGUCCAACGUUGUUCAGGUGAAGAAAGAAGAGGCACUAUGAGGACGGGAUGGUCAGGAUCAUUCCUCAACAUUUACACACUGUCUCUGUCUUCUUUAAAGGAAUCGUUUCACAUCUUGGGAAAUGUGCUUAUUCACCUUCCUGUCAAGAGUUAGAUGAGAAGAUUGAUACCUCUCAUAUGUCUGCAUGGUAAACAUGGAGCUACAACUAGUGCACGGUUAGAUAAGCUUAGUUCAGCAAAAAGAGUGGAAGCAGGGCAAAAUAGCUAGCUUGGCACUGUCCAAAGGUAAUAAAAUCUGGCUACCAGCACCUCUAAAGCACACUAACUAAUACAAAACUCUAUGCAAGAAAGCGAGUAAGUGCACUUCCCAAAACUCCGACCUAUUUCUUGAACUUUACCUGAAUUUAGAGCCAGAAAAGUUUAUGUUGUCUUAAAUCAAAGAGGAAGCAAAAUGCUUUCUUUGCUCCAGCUGUUUGCACUCUGUAAUUUGUUUGUAGAGUAAUUUGGUUUCACAACUCUGCUCUUGUGCCCUCUCCUUAACUCUCUAUCCUUAUCGUUGCCUGAAAGCCUCGCUGGUCAAGGCUUUAGCAAUCAAAAGCAAGUUAACAUUCCUAAAUAUUUGUCCAUGAAUGCUGCUAGCAUUAAGGCUUAAGGUCAGAAGAAGGUGAUUCUCGCUGUACCUUCUCUGUUUAACUUGGGAACAGAAGAAACCCUUUCAAUAAAUUGCUCUCUGUUGUAGUAAAUUGUUGGUGAGUAUUAAAAUAGCUGUAGUGUAAUAUUUGUGUGAGAUCUGUUUGUUUGUUUACUCAAAACCAAGCUAACUUCCUACUAGAAGUUGUCAUCAGUAUGAAAGGAUUUUAGCUCUGCACCACACAAAGUCUAAAGUACAGUAGUUUCAGAUCUGUUCUUCACAAUAUUCUUGUUUGUAAUUGCUUUUUAUUGUUGUGGAUGUCACACCAGCUGGCUUCUUUAAUAUUUAAUCUACUUAAAUGCAAUAGAAACUAGUCCUCCUCCUUUUUGUAGUUUUAUCUGUGUCAGUUCCUUUUGUUCUGCAUUUUCACUCUCGAGCUAUUUCAAAUUUCCACGUGCAUUUGUUACAUGUCCAAUUCCACCCCCCUCGCUGUUGCACUGAAGUGAAAAUAUUUCAAAGAAAAAAAUAAAUAGUCAAAUGCUG